AAUACCAGCCAACGACUCGUCAUUGAAUCGCUCAAUCUUAUCUAAUCUCAGUAACGUUCAACGGCUCGAUCUUGCCAUCGUUCGGCGGGAGCAAAAUUCAAUUGCCUGCCUGAUUUCUUAUUCUCUCUGUUUACAUUUUGCAUGCAAUCACUGGUAACACAGUCCAAUAAUAAUCAAACCAUCUGACUCCACAAAGGUCAUCACAAGAAGCACCGGACGCAGUUAUGGAGAAAGCGACCAAAGCACCUCGCAAUGAUGCUACACCACCUACUACUCAUAGGUAUUUCAUUCCUUCUAUUAGCGGAUGGUGCCUUCCCUGCCAUUCCUCCCUGUGGAGAUAUUGAUACCUCAGAUUCUACCUUUGACUAUGUAGUUAUUGGCACAGGAGCUGGGGGUGGACCCCUCGCAAGUCGACUAGCUGAAGCAGGAUAUUCAGUCCUAGUCAUUGAUGCUGGUCAUGACGUCCUCAAUCUAAACACUACAAUACCUUUAUACUUCAUUCGCGCAAUUGAAGGUAUCCUCGUGCUCGUGCUGUGGGAGGCUCUACGAUCCACAAUGCAAUGAUCAAUAUCAUCGCGGAAACUGAAACAGAUUUUGAUAAUCUUGCUGCC